CAGCACGCUUUUCUCCCCAGCCUGACUGAGGGGAGGUAGAGGUAGUGGCUUCUUGACUACUGACAGCAAAGCUCCUGGCACAGUUCUGCUUUCCUGGGAUCGACGUGCCUUAGGACUCUGCCUACUCCAGGAGGAGGAGGGAAAAUGACCACAUUCAAUGAGAUAGUGACGUUUAAGGAUGUGGCUGUGGUCUUCAGUGGGGAGGAGCUGGAGCUGCUAGACUCUGCCCAGUGGAAGCUCUACCAAGAUGUGAUGCUGGAAAACUUCAGGAACCUGCUCUCAGUGGGAGGCAGGAUCCAAACUGAAAUAGAGACUUUUCCAGAAGCAGGACCACAUGAAGAGUUAUCUUGGCAGCAAAUCUGGGAACAAAUUGCAAGUGACUCAACCUUCAGUCAAGACUCAAGUAUUCGCAGCUCUCAGUUCCCCAGCCAAGGUGGCUCACUGUGCCAGGACGGGCCAGGAUUAUCUCUAAUUGACACAAGAAAGAAAGUUUACCUGGAUGAUGAGUGUAAGCAGUCCCUCAGUGAUGUCUCCAACUUUGACCUUCAAUGGUUAUACUCAGGAGGCAAGUCUCAUAGAUGUCUUGAGUGUGGAAAAAGCUUCAGUUGUAGCUCAGGCCUUCGUAUUCAUCAGAGAAUUCACAUGGGAUUGAAUUGCUAUAAGUAUGAUGAGUGUGGAAAGGAAUUGAGUCAGAGAUCCUCCUGGCUGCAAACUCAUCAGAAUGUGCAUACUGUAGAGAAACCAUUCAAAUGUGAGCAGUGUGGGAAAGGCUUCAGUCGUAAAUCUGUGCUUAAUGUUCACUGCAAAUUACACACAAGAGAGAAACCUUACAAAUGUGAGGAAUGUGGACAGGCCUUCAUUCAUGAUUCACAGCUGCAGGAACAUCAGAGAAUCCACUCUGGGGAAAAACCAUUCAAGUGUGACGUAUGUGGUAAGAACUUCUGUGUUAAAUCAACACUUCACAGGCAUUUCUUGGUGCAUACAGGAGAGAAACCAUUCAGAUGUGACACAUGUGGUAAGAGGUUUCGUCGGAAAUCAGCCCUUAAUAGACACUACGUGGUCCAUACAAGAGAGAAGCAAUACAAAUGUAAGGAGUGUGGGAAUAAUUUCAUUGAUAGGCGAGAGCUUUAUAAGCAUCAGAUGGUUCAUACAGGAGAGAAACCCUAUAAUUGUGAAGAAUGUGGGAAGAGGUUUAGAUGGUCCUCCUACCUUUUGAACCAUCAGCGAGUCCACAGAGGAGAAAAACCAUUUAAGUGUGAAAAGUGUGGGAAGAGCUUUACUCAGAAUUCAUAUCUUCAUUGCCAUCUGAGGGUGCACUCCAGAGAAAAGCCCUACCGAUGUUAGGAGUGUGGUAAGUGCUGCAACUAGAACUGUAGUCUAGACACGUAUAUGAGAUUCCACACAGGAGAAAGAUCCUAUGCUAAUAAGGAAUGUGGGAAGAGGUAUAUCUGGGACUCCAGUCUGUUGACACAUUAGAGACUACAGUAGAGACAAACAAUUCAAAUAUGAGUGUGUGGGAAGAGAUUUAUUCAGAAUUCACAACUUCCUUUCCAUCAGAGAGUCCAUAAUGGAGAAAAGUCAUGAAAGUGUGAGGAGUGUGGGAAGAGCUUCAGCUAGGCAUAGACUCAUUUGACCCAUUAGAGACUCCUCAAUAGAGCAGAACCAUGCAAUUGUGAAGACUGUGGGAAGAGCUUUGGACACACUUCAUACAUUAAAGACCAAGAGAAAGUCCACAGUAGAUAAAUGCCUUAGAAAUCAAGGACUGUGGGAAGAGAGAAGCCAAGCAGGAGAGAAGCCAAGCAGGUAUGGAGAGUGAGGUAAUUGCUUUGGUCAUCACUGAGAUUUCAACUGCAUUAGAGCACCCCUCAACCCCUGAGAAUUACCUUGGAAAUGAGAUGCGUGUGGUGAUGUUUUGUUUGUUUGUUGUUUUCUUAAUAUAUAUAC